GGAAGUGCGGCUUGUGAACCAUGUGUGUGUUUAAACUGGAGAAGUUAAAGGGAAAGUGUGUGUUUUGUUUGACUGUGUGUGUAGGAGUGUGUGUGUGUCUGUGUGUGUGAGUGUGUGUGUGUGUCUGUGUGAGAGAGUGUGUGUGUGUCGUGGUCACCAUGGUUUUCCUCAGACGGACAACGCUGCUUCGCUGCCUGCUGGUGUCGGCCAUGUUGGCUCUGCUCCUCCUCGUCAGCUCCUUCUGGCUCCCUCAGAGCGGCGUCAGAGACUGUGGCAGCGCCUGGCAGCCAUGUUUGGACAGCCACCCCCGAACGCCUGCGCCUCCAUUGGUCCCUGAUGAAGCCCCGCCCCUCAUAAAGGAGUGUCCCGGCCAAUCGUUUCAGGCCUGGCGUCUCCUGCAGUAUCUAAAGUCCAGCCGGACGGACGCCGACGACAUCCUGCUGGAGCCGUACCUGCAGAGCUGGGAUGAGCUGCUCAAUUUCAUGGAGUCUCUCGGGACGAUGGUCGGCUUCUUCUCCCAGAAGGUCAAAGAAAAGGUCGUUCUGAUACGAGAGCUGGCCCUCAAACACGCCGCACAGCCUCAUGGGAAACGUGGUCCGUCCAACCGCUCGGGACUACACAACGGGGCGUACCGCUCGGUGCGCUCCAUGGUGGAGGCGGAGCUCCGGGGCGGCGUGGUGGACUUCUCCCGGCGGACGGACUCCGGCUGCAGGACGCUGCUGCGGCUCCACCGGUCGCUGCUCUGGCUCAAGCUCCUGCUGGAGGGUCUGGCUGCAGGGCCGGACGCCGAGGGCCAAUACAAGACCCCCGGGGAGCUGAGCAGGGACGCCUACAGGCUGGCGCUGGCGCCCCACCACCCCUGGGUGCUGCGCCAGGCGGCGGAGUUCUUGUUCCCCGCCCUGCCGGACCGGGGCUUCUUCCUGCAGCUGGUCUGCGUGCAGACGCAGCGCGACGCCGCGCCCGUGCUGCGCACCGUCAUCGACGCGCUGGCGCUCGUGCACGCGCAGACGCAGCGGAUCCUCGCCGAACACGGCAUGCUGGAGCUGCCCUGAACGCACCGCCGCGACUGACUGUACGUACAAAGAA